AUGCUUCCACUCUGUCAACAAUGUGUAAAAGAUGAUGAUGAUGAGGAGGAGGAGGAGGAGGAGGAGAAGGAUGAUGUUGAUGAUGAUGAUGAUGUUGGUGAUAAUGUUGGUGAUGAUCAUGAUGUUGAUGAUGAUGAUGGUGAUAAUGUUGAAGAUGUUGGUGAUAAUGUUGGUGAUCAUGAUGUUGAUGAUGAUGAUGGUGAUAAUGUUGAAGAUGUUGAUAAUGAUGUUGGUGAUAAUGUUGGUGAUGAUGAUGUUGAAGAUGUUGGUGAUAAUGUUGGUGAUGAUGUUGAAGAUGUUGGUGAUAAUGUUGAUGAUGAUGAUGAUGAUGUUGAAGAAGAUGUUGAUGAUGGUGAUAAUGUUGAAGAUGUUGGUGAUAAUGUUGAUGAUGAUGAUGAUGAUGAUAAUGUUGAUGUUGGUGUUAAUGUUGGUGAUGAUGAUGAUGUUGGUGAUGUUGAAGAUGUUGGCGAUAAUGUUGGUGAUGAUGAUGAUGAUGAUGAUGAUGAUGAUGAUAAUGUUGAAGAUGCUGAUGUUGGUGAUAAUAUUGGUGGUGAUGAUGAUGGUGAUGUUGAAGAUGUUGGCGAUAAUGUUGGUGAUGAUGAUGAUGUUGUUGAUGAUAAUGGUGAUAAUGUUGAAGAUGCUGUUUUGUCAUUGCUCAUCAGCCCACAUCACUCCCAUAAUAUCGAGGAGAGCCUCCGUGGGCGGGGCUUCGGGAGCGCACAUCGCGCGGCGCGCGCCUUCAGCUCGUGCCAGUCGGAGAGCAGCGCGCGGACUCGGUGCGUCCCGGGUGAGUGCGCGCUGAAGCGGUCCGGUGUGUCGGUGUUCCACCGUUCCGUCCACAGCUGCAAUGAAGAAAGCGGGCGUUUCUCAGCCCGCAGCUGA